ACCCUGAAGAACUGUCCCUCGCUAUAUAAGCCAUAGCCUCGCCCGACUGCCACCACAAUCACGGUGAACGUUCACGAAACUCAGAACGCGUCCCCGAAUCCUGCGAAACCGCUAAUCACAAACAGUUCCAACGUUGCGUUGUCUGUGCGAGAGACAUUCCAAGUGCGACGAUCAGUGUAGUUAUCAUUGUGUGACAUUUCGUCCUCCGCUAAGGAUUAAUCAUGCAGAUGCACGAGCAGAUGAUGAUGGUCGAUGGACAGGAGCAACCGAUAUCCAGGACUUAUCAGUACAGAAAGGUGAUGAAACCUAUGCUGGAACGCAAGCGUCGGGCCCGGAUCAACCGGUGUCUGGACGAGCUGAAGGACCUGAUGGUGACGGCCCUGGCCGGCGACGGCGAGAACGUGGCUAAGUUAGAGAAGGCCGAUAUUCUGGAGCUGACCGUGCGUCAUCUUCACAAGCUCCAGAGACAGCAACGACUCUCUGCCAACCCCGUGAUCGACGCGGACCGCUUCAGGGCCGGUUACACGCACUGCGCCAACGAAGUCAGCCGCUGUUUGGCAGCCACCCCGGGCGUGGAUGUGGCUUUGGGCACCAAGUUGAUGACCCAUUUGGGCCACAAAUUGAAUUCUAUGGACAAAACUGGACCUCUGACGAUCCACGUGGCGGCGCCGCAAUCCUCGCCGUCUUCUGGCAGCGAACUCAGCUCGGACGAGUACUCGAUGCCUCUGACUCCGGCUUCGAGCCAACCUUCUCCGGUCAGAACGGACAUCGAGGGCAUCUCGCAGAGCCACCAGGGCCUUCUGCAGGUCGCCAAACCUAACGAACCGAUCUGGAGACCGUGGUAAACGUGUGGGCCUAGGGACUUGAACGGGCAAAGCCGUCGUACCCGGUGAACGGGCUUCGAGACCGGCGGAUUUACCGGUCAGAAACGAAGAGGAUCGGCACCGAUGGAACGAGACCGUCGUGUGACCAACCAUUUACCGGUGUUGCAAUUUUGUCUGUGAUCUGAGCGAGCUGCUCUCGAGAUGAACGUCGUGACAGAGGAUUUCUGGUGUCUCGUUGAUUCCGUGAAGAAUGGACUAUUGUUUUGCUCAAGACACUCGAUGUGAAGGAUACGUUAAGUUCUUUUCCCUUCUCUUUUUUUAAUAAUAUCGCUGUUAGAUUGUACACGCGGUAAUUGAGAGUUGUAUCAGUAGGAUCUCGAUGUAACGACAUGACCGCAUGCCACGAUGCGGCACGAAGCUUUAAUUUACUCGACGGUUAGAAUUUUCUAUUGUUUAUUUGAUAAGUUUUAUCGAGAGGUUUUUAUUUUGUCAAUUUUGGCGCGAGAAAGAGGGGACGUUCGAGGGGAGGAGGAGACACGUGGAACCCGCUUUCUCCCGCCAAAAUCGUUGUUAUAUGAGAAUCUUCUCGGCCAACGAAUUUUAUGAUUGUUCGGUGAACGAUACGCCAGUUAGGGUAAUUGAUAGCUUAUGUAAACGGCCGAGCGGAGGAUAUUGUGAUAAAGAAACGUGUACCUGUGAUAUUUACUGUAGAUGUAGGGAAAUUAUGCUAGAUUUUUAAUAAAUAUGUUUCACUGAUAA